UGAACGCCAUGUCAACCUGCACAGGCACUGUGGCGGUCAUGGACCACAUUUCUGUCGAGAUGAGAAUGCACGGCGCACGAGUACUGUCGCACAACCCGCUGUGUAUCAUGGCCUCAUCCUCACGAAUCCUUUAGUCUGAUGGUCAACAGAGGAACAAUCCAGUCAGUGCACUAAGCCAUUAAAGAGAGGAUUUGAGUCACUUCUGCUGCAUGAGCCUACAAUAAAAUGCCAUCCUGACUUGAGCGACAGUGGUUUGGACCAGAGCUCCUAUAGGGAUGAACGUGUCCCUCGGGUCCUCCUACAAAGAGGAGAUGUUCUUGGGCAACUCCACAGUCCCAUACACCUCCAACUCCAGCCUGCCAAACGCGACCAUCAAACGUGUAGCAUGUGAGCAAGUCCACAUUGCUCUGGAGGUCUUUUUGACCCUGGGGAUCAUCUCCUUAUUAGAGAACAUCCUGGUUAUUACAGCUGUAAUAAAGAAUAAGAAUCUUCAUUCGCCCAUGUACUUCUUUGUCUGCAGUUUGGCUGUAGCUGACAUGUUAGUGAGCGUGUCCAAUGCCUGGGAAGCAGUCGUCAUCUACCUGCUCAACAAUAGACAGCUGGUGGUGGAGGAGCACUUCAUCCGACAUAUGGACAACGUUUUUGAUUCCAUGAUCUGUCUCUCUGUGGUGGCAUCAAUGUGCAGUCUCGUGGCUAUUGCUGUGGACAGGUAUAUUACCAUCUUCUAUGCACUGAGAUACCACAACAUCAUGACAGUGAAGCGAGCUGGUUGCAUCAUUGGGGGAAUUUGGACCUUCUGCACAGGCUGCGGGAUUCUCUUUAUCAUCUACUCCGAUACCACCUCUGUCAUUAUUUGCCUUGUGGCCAUGUUCUUCAGCAUGCUGCUCAUCAUGGCAUCCCUUUACAGCCACAUGUUCAUGCUGGCGCGUUCACAUGUCAAGCGCAUCGCUGCGCUGGCUGGUUGCAACACCUUCCAUCAGCAGACCAGCAUGAAAGGCGCCAUCACACUAACCAUUCUCCUGGGGGUCUUCAUCGUCUGCUGGGCUCCUUUCUUCCUCCAUUUGAUCCUUAUGAUAUCCUGUCCACGUAACCGCUCCUGCGUGUGCUUUAUGUCUCACUUUAACAUGUACCUAAUCCUCAUCAUGUGUAAUUCUGUUAUUGACCCGUUGAUCUAUGCCUUCAGGAGUCAGGAAAUGAGGAAAACCUUUAAAGAGAUAUUCUGCUGUUUUAACCUAAGGAAUUGCUACACCAGCAACUGUGCUCUGACUGGUAAGUGCUGAACAGUAAGCAGUGGAAUGAAAUUCUUCACAGGAAUAUCAAUACAUUUAGAUCCACGUGCCUUCAUAGGAAAAUCAAACUGUUUUGUUAGAUGAACUAAAAUGGUAUAAUCCAGUCCACUGGAUGACAAUAAUAAUGACAAAUCAAAAUCUGUCUGAUUAUUUACCUGGAUAAUGAUUAAAUUGGAUUAGCUAAUCUAUUUUUGGUGGGGUUCAAACAGGGCAAAAAUACUGCUAAAAUAAUAAUGACAAAUCAAGAUCUGUCUGAUUAUUGAACUGGAUAAUGGUUAGAUUGGAUUGAUUACCUAAUCUAUUUUGGGUGGGAUUGAAACAGGGCAAAAUUACUGCCCAAACAAAAUCCAUGUAAUGACCACUUGUGUUAUUUAAAAAAACAAAUCCAACUGUUGAGAUUCCACAUUUCUCUCUAAUUGAGCCAUGGUUUGUGAACUCAAAUAAUAUCAUGUUAACAUAAAAAUACAUAUCUAUGUGCAGUAUUUAGAUUUAUUAAAUGAAUCAAUUGCUGGCAAUACAGUAGAAACCACCAUGAUCCACAAAUGUACAAAGGUUGGUAUUAAUUCUUUUCAAUGUUCACAGUGAUUUGGAUAAAUACCGAUACUAAAUACUGUCACAAGAACCACAGGACAUCUGGGGUCACAUGUACUGUGCUGUACAAGAGAUGGGUUGGUCACCCUCCUUUUGGAAACUGAGAGCUACUUAUUGGGCACUGAUUAAAGGCUCUCUGUUGUCAAGAUGGUUCAUUUUACACUAAUAAACACUGUGGGCUCCAAUUGAAAUCUUGAUUUCCGUGCAGAUUCAACCUUGUUUAUCAGAAGUUUGGCACGGUCUCACGUAUUAAUACCAUUUUCUUUUACACGCUCCUCACACAGCUGACCAUUUGAUGAUUUUGAUCAAUUUGAUUAACUGCAGGCAGACAAAUUAUGAGCUCCAUGGCGAUACGUGGAGCUUCAGAUGUAUUUUUGGCUCAGAACAAUGAAAUCAUUUUGGACACUAUCUGUUAGGGUGGUGCUUAUUACAGGUUACAUUCCAACAUAAUCAUACGAUGAAGAUAUUCUGCAAACCCUAACACUAUCACUAAAUUUCAGAGUAAUCUGUGAAUAACUAGUUUCCUCUGGAACGUUUUUCAUCUGUAACAUAUAUAACCAACAAGAAUGUAGAAAUAAGAGCGAUUAGAAGAAUUUUGACAAGCUGUGCAUUUGGUCCCUGACUUACCCGUCCGUCUUACUCCACUUGUUGACACCCCCGCUAUUAUGUUGCACUUACAGUAACCGUCUGUGUAAAAUAAUUUAACCGUAAACAACUCUGGCAUCAUCUGGAAUAGUUUGGAAUCAAUAUUUGUCUAAUAACAGGAGAAAAACAUCAAACAUUUAAGUCAAAUACAUCACGCAAGUACCCACUCCGUGGCACGGUGUUGCGCAACUGUUGAUAUCCAAUAUCUCCAAUAUCUAAUUUGAAUGUACAAUAUCUCUCCUGUCUCCACUUUUGUUAUUGUGCUUUCUGUUUAUUGCAGCCUAAGAAUCGGUCCUUCAUUUUCAUUCAUACAGGUUAUCAUUUCAUACUGCUGAUACCACAUUUGUAGAAACACUGCAAAUACCAUGUUAAAUUUUCAAAACUGUAUUUUAUCUGAUAUGAUAUUGUGUGUUUUCCCUGUGUAACAAUGGAAACAAAGGUCAUGGGUGACAAAAUUGUUUAGGGAAAAUGUUUUUAGCUGCAACAUAACAACAAAGUAAUUGUUCUAGUUCAGUAUUCAAAUAGUACAAGACUUAUGUUGAGCUUGACAUAAUGUUGCCAACAAAGACACUUUGGUAUUAGCUGUUACAUAUUUCAUGCACUCGAUAUGGAAUUUCACAGAUAAACAAAACCACAAUCUAUAUCAUGCUCAUUGUUAAAAUGAAUGCUUAUAUUUGUAUUUGACUGGAUAAAAUGUAAUGUUUGAACUCAAAGACCCAAGAUCUUUUCAUUGUUAAUAAAAAUAAAUGUUAAACUGUUCACAAA